AUGGCGGAGACUUGGGAGAUUGGCCUGUUCAUUGCGGGACUGAUUCUUUUCGGGCUGCUGAGUGCGUGGGCGUUUUACCUGACCAGCGAUGAGUAUCGCCUGCGUCGCAAGCGACGCCAGCUGGGGUACGAGGAAGACCAGGGCUCGAUCUUCGGGCUCCUCUGUGCCCUGUGCAUUGGGCCUGUCAACCGCUCUCGCUGGGAACGCCAGCAUAAGCAAUUUCGUACCCCCGACUAUGGCAAACCGGACAAAGAUUGGCAAAAGGUGCGGCCUAGCGACGAACCAGGCCAGGAGUGGCAGCUGUUGCCCCGCGGCGACGUGCAGGCUGAUGGCAAAAGACUCGCCACAUCAAAGCCGGCGCCGCCCAUGGCCGACGUCGCUAUCGCUGAGGAAAACAAAGAGGACUCGGAUGACGAGCAACAUGAUGGAAUCUACCCUGCAGCAGCCCCUGCACCGUCUAAACUACCCCCUGCUCGUUCCAUCUCCAAGCUGGCCAUACCAGACUCAGAUGCUCCUGCGGCGGCACCGCCAGCCCCCGCGAGCUCUGCCCCCGAUGUGGCAGCCAAAGCUCGUGAAGCAGUUGCACGAGCCCAGUUGCACAUGCGGGCCAUCGAAUUUGCACCUGCUGAAGCGAUUCGUCCUCCAACCAGCUAUUCACGCCCCCUGUCCACGGCGCAAUUGGCCAGCGUGGUUCACAACAUGACCAUCACCUCACUUCAAGAUGACUUUCGCACUUUGCCCUUGCAUCUGGCCUCGUCCAAGAGCCUGGGCGAACAUCUCCUGCGAGAACUUCGCGAGCCUCGCAUCCUACCCUCUGUUACCACACGCAUCCAGCUCGAUCGCCCCCCAGGCGCAAAAAUCUCUGGUUUCAUCAAUGCCAACGCUGUGCGGGGGUUUCAGGGCAAUCCAAUGAGAUUUAUCGUCACCCAAGCGCCCCUAUCGGGCUUUGAGAGCGGUCGCGUUGGCACUCAAGUGGCCUUCUGGUCCAUGGUGUACCAGUACCAGGCCCCAGUCGUCAUCAUGCUCAUCGAGCCCCAGCCUCACCGCUGCACCCGAUACUGGCCUGUUCCUGACGGCAAUCUCCGCUCGGGUCCAUUCGAGGUUCGCCAUCAUGGAUUUGACAAGCACAGAGGCUUCCUCGUAUCAUCCCUCAGCCUGACUUUGCGCGGAAAGACGCAUCGUUUCCAGCACAUCUGCCUUUCAGGUUGGAAUGAGCACGGCCUACCCCGGUCGUCCAAGAGCGUCAUCGCCCUCCUGCGAUACUUGCGCAACCUCAAAGUGCGAGGGCCCAUCGUGGUUCACGAUGAUCGGGGCCUUGGACCCUCUGGUGUCUUUGUGGCCUCUGACUACUGCAUUGAUCAAGCCCAAGCAGGAAAGGUGGACGUGAUGCAAGCCGUCUACACACUGCGCCAGGAUCGUGCCGCGCUGGUCGAGUCACGUGCCGAAUAUCAGUACAUUCAUCGCCUUGUACUCGGCUAUUUAGAUGGCAAAGACCAAAAGGGGGCAGCUGUGGCAAGCAACGCUGCUGCUCAACCUCCGCCCAAGACUAAAGCCAUGCCUUCUGAUAUGCGUGUCAAACCUCAACCCUCCAAACCUGUGUCGUCAAGUGACCCGGCCUCAGCUGUACCUGAACCGGAUCAUGCCCCGCCGUCCUAUCAACCAGCACCCAGGUACGGCAAUGCCGAAACAGCGGACCAUGGUGUUAAUCGAGUCACUCGUAGGCCGAGUGAGGAGUCAAGCUUCUCCAACAUUGCGCAGCGCGUAGGAGCAGGCAAAACUCAAAGGCAGUAUGAUGUUGACCACCUCGGCAAGGCCCCCACCUUACCAGAGCACUGA